AUGGAGGCUAAUUCUCAGACCUGUGUGGAGAGACCCACAAAUCAACCCAGGACCAACAAUAUUAGAUGGAACUCUUGCACCCCAGAAGCUUCUUCUGGGAAUUUAAUUGGAACUGUGAAACCCAAAGAUGACAUCUCUCCCUCAGCUACUUUUCAAUUACAAGACCACAUUACAGCAGCAAUAGUAAGGGCUAGAAGAAGAAAGAAGCUCAACCAGUAUUUCAGAGAGCUCUCAACCAUUGUUCCAGCCCUAAAAAAGAGGGACAAGCUUUCUGUUGUUACUGGAGAAACUAUGAAGUACGUGAAACAACUACGAGAGAGAGUGAAGACACUAGAGGAACAGGCAAUGAAGAAAAAAGCCAUGGAAUCGGUGGUGAUGAUCAAGAAAUCACAGAUUUCAUCUGACGACGACGACAGUUCUUCCUUAGGAGAUAAUUUUGGCACCAACGAUCCAUUCCCUGAAAUUGUAGCGAGGGUUUCGGAUAAGAAUGUCUUAAUAAGGAUCUAUUGCAAGAACCGAGAAGGAAUUGAACUGAAAACUCUAACCGAGGUGAAGAAGCUCCAUCUUUGUGUCAUCAGUGGCAGAGUCAUUUCUUUCGGAGAAAAAAAUCUCAACAUUACUGUCGUCGCUAAGAUGGAAGAAGAUUUCUCCAUGGAAGUGAAGGAUCUCGUGAGGCAUCUGUGUUCAGCAUUUCAACAGUUCAUGUCAGAGUGUGAUUAGAAGAGGAAGAA